UUUUUUAUCAUGCAUGAUUAGUACUAUAAGGCUUCAAAUCGUUUGUAGACUAGAAUAUAUAAACCAGAUUUUAUUCUUAAAUGUAAAGAAUUAUUUUAUACUAUUUUCAAGUGAAACUGAUGAUGUUAUACAAAUUGACAUAUACACUCACAAUCUUCAGUCAUGAUGAUAUCUUUAUCUUUACAAAUUGACAUAUACACUCAAUCUUAAAAAAUAUUUUUUUAACUUGUAAAAUCACAUUCAACAUGGGAAGAAAUCAAUUCAGGAUUUGGUUAAUUCAGAAAACAGAUUACGUUUGAAAACUGUUGAUGUAUUUUUUUUUGUUUUCUAUCAAGUAAACUCUCUUCCGAAAAAUCUAAUGAGAAGAUGUUUUUUCCAAAUAAAAGUGAUUUUUUUUAUGAUUUUCUAAUGCUUAAUUCAAUUUAAGAAAAUCACAAAACUGAAAGAAUUGAGAAAAAAAAACAGAGAAAAGACAAAAUACUAAAUUGGGUAAAUCCGAAUGAAAGAAGGAUCCUCAAACUAUUGCACAGGGUGAGGGAGUGCAUGGACGCAGAGAGACCCAUCUCAUUGCCUUGAUAAAAUUUCAGUUAACUAUUGAAAAUGAUUAAUUGAGAAGAUGAAUAUUGAAACUCAGCUAUGUCAGGAAAAGAAUGGAGGGAGGAGAAGAGGAGCAGCAACAAAAGCGGGACGAUUCCAGAUUCAAUCAAACACUCGAGAACAACGUCCAAGGGUUUCUUAAAGGACGGAGUGUUCCUGGUGAAGCAUUCCUCACCAGGAGUCCCGAUCCUCCUAUGUCUCCAACGUCAUACCACCGCAGCUUCUCCGAGAACGACGCCGGGAGAAAUGAUCACUUGGAGAAUCCCCACGAGGAGGUGGAAGAUCAGAGCUCGAGCAAGAAACAUGAUAAUACAUAUGCUGGGAAGCUACGAUCAAGCUCCAGUGGUGAAAUGAUGGUGAAGCAAGUGAUAGGUGUUAGAUCAAGCGAUUACGGUAGAGUUAUCAAGUUCAACAAAGUCCUCUCCGAUACUACUGUCAUUUUAGAGAAUCUGCGAGAGCUAGCGUGGAAUGGUGUGCCACACUAUAUGCGCCCUGAUGUCUGGCGUCUUCUCUUGGGAUAUGCACCACCUAAUUCAGAUAGAAGGGAGGCUGUCCUGAGAAGAAAACGUCUUGAAUAUCUUGAAUCUGUUGGCCAAUUCUACGACCUUCCAGACUCCGAACGUUCUGAUGAUGAGAUCAACAUGCUUCGCCAGAUUGCUCUUGACUGUCCAAGGACUGUACCAGACGUCAGCUUCUUUCAGCAAGCACAGGUGCAGAAGUCAUUGGAGCGUAUUCUUUACACGUGGGCCAUUAGGCAUCCAGCGAGUGGAUAUGUUCAGGGAAUAAAUGAUCUCGUCACUCCUUUUCUAGUUAUAUUCUUGUCGGAAUAUCUAGAAGGUGGUGUAGAGAGUUGGUCAAUGUCGGAUCUAUCUUCUGAAAAAAUAUCAGAUGUGGAAGCGGAUUGUUACUGGUGCUUGACAAAGCUACUUGACGGUAUGCAAGAUCAUUACACGUUUGCUCAACCUGGAAUCCAGAGACUUGUGUUCAAGCUCAACAAAUUACACUUUUAGAUUUAGCUUCAAUUAUGAUAUGACUGUUCGUUCGUUCUUUGGUUAUAUUUUACUCCCAAAAUGAGCGACUUUUUCCUCAAUUAUGAUAUGACUGUUCGUUCGUUCUUUGGUUAUAUUUUACUCCCAAAAUGAGCUUUGGUAUAAAUGGUAAAUGCUAACAUUCUUUGUCGUGUUAAUUGUGCCAUUAGUUUAUGUAUGGUUUCUCACACGACACUUGUUUAUUCUGUCACCAGGUUUUGUGUUUGUAAUAUUUGUAGCUUUUUUACUCAUUCAGUCAUUUGCAUGGCUGUCUCUCUCACUCUAUACAUGCUAAUCAUGCCCUCUUUUGUAAUAAUACGAAGAUAAGAUAAGAUAAGAUAAUAGAAAUGAGAUUAGAUAUGAGUUAAAAUAUUAGAAGUAAUAAUCAACCUGAAAAUUCAAACAGAGAAUGGGAAAAAAAAAAAAAAAAAAAAAA